UAAUUUCACUCUCUUAUCUUCGCCAAACAGUUAACAGAGGAGAGAGUUUCUCUCAUCAUCCUCUCAAAACGGAAACUCGGGAAUUUCAACUCAUCAUCCACUUUGACUCAGCGGUUCACCUCACUGAGUCAACUAAAAGUUAUGGCGUUACCGACUCAUCAGUUACAGAGAUUCCUUGCAAUCGAGUUCAAUUUCAUCUCCAAUCCCAAAAUCGCUUACAGGAACCAACUAACCGCAACAACGGCGAUAAGAUCUAGUCCAAGAAGCCCCUGCCGUUGCUCCGCGAUUGCAAUCAACGCUCCUUCUUCGCUAACGGAUGUUUCCGGGAUCCGUUGGGGGUCGACGAGUGUGCAGGGCAGGCGCGAAGAGAUGGAGGAUGAUUUAGUUAUACGAUCGGACGGUCUUGAUGGAUUCUCGUUCGCUGCCGUCUUUGAUGGCCAUGGCGGCGUAGCUUCCGUCAAGUAUCUCAGGGAUGAGCUGUACAAAGAGUGUGUUACAGCUUUACAAGGUGGAAUUUUGUUGAACGAAGGAGAUUUCAACGCUAUUAAGAAGGGGUUAGCGGAAGCUUUUCAAAAUGCUGAUAAAAAGUUGCUCAACUGGCUUGAAAAGAUUGGAGACGGCGACGAUGAAUCCGGUUCAACCGCCACAGUCAUGUUAAUUGGAAAUGAAGUGCUCUUCAUUUCUCAUGUUGGUGAUUCUUGUGUGGUUUUGUCUUGUGCUGGAAAAGUACAAGUCUUGACUGAUUCUCAUCGACCCUAUGGCAGCAACAAGGCCUCUUUGCAAGAAAUUAGAAGAAUCAGAGAAGCAGGUGGAUGGAUUAGCAAUGGUAGGAUUUGUGGUGACAUAGCUGUAUCCCGUGCUUUUGGCGACACUCGAUUUAAAACGAAGAAGAAUGAAAUGCUGAAGAAGGGAGUUGAAGAAAAGAGAUGGUCUGAAAAAUUUAUUUCUCGUGUAGUGUUCAAUGAUGACUUGGUCAUAGCAUCUCCAGACACUUUUAAAGUAGCUCUUGGAUCAGAUGCAGAAUUUGUCCUGUUGGCAUCUGAUGGUUUAUGGGAUUACAUAAACAGUUCGGACGCAGUUGCUUUUGUUCGAAAUCAAUUACGAGAACAUGGAGAUGUUCAGGUAGCAUGUGAUGCACUUGCACAAGCCGCUCUGGAUAAAGGCUCAGAAGACAAUGUCAGCAUUAUCAUAGCUGAUUUCGGGCAUACUGAAUGGCAGAAAUUGCCAGUUGAGCAACAAAAUUUUCUGUUUGAAUUUGGCCAAGCUAUAGCUACAGUAGGGGUUGUGUCACUUGGAAUAUGGUUGUCAUCUCAGGUUUCUUUUUGAAUUUUACUUAAUCAGUUGUGUAUAUAUAUAUAUAUAUAUAUAUAUGAACACGUAGAUUUCACAGUAGUAUGCAUAAUGGAAACUGUAUAUGAUUAGCUAGCACUUUUGGAUAACUUGAUGUAGGCAACUUUUAAUGAUUCAGAGUGUUAUUGUUUUAUUUUCUUUUC